AUGGUAUUUAUGGAUAAACAAAUUUCAGCAUGCAUUCUUUCAUUACCAACUGAAUUAGUAUAUAUGAUUCUCGAUAAUCUGGAUGAUUUUACAAUAUUAUGUUCAAUUCGUAAUGUCUGUACACAACUAGAUCAUAUCAUAGAUACAUAUCCUCGAUAUCAGACACUCACCACACUUAAGUUUCGUAGCAAACACAUCGGAGCACUUGAAGCACAACAUUUGGCUAAUGCAGUACGAAAUAAUCAUAUACUCGUCACACUAGAUGUCGACUACAAUUCAAUCGAAGACAACGGAGCAGAUUAUAUAGCUGAUGCAUUACGAAAUAACACUACACUAACCACACUAAAUUUACAUGGUCAUCCCAUCGCAUCACUUCAAACUCAACAGUUGGCUGAUGCAUUACGAAAUAACACGGUGAGAGUCAUUCUCUAA